AUGGCCGUGUUUCGGUGGUACAAGCUUCGCUCCAAACCAGGGAAAAAGGAAAAGGAGAGAGGGGAAAUUGAAGUGGAUAUCCAGUUUAUGAGGAGCAACAUGACAGCCAGUAUGUUUGAUUUGUCCAUGAAAGACAAGUCUCGCUCCCCCUUUGGCAAGCUCAAAGACAAGCUCAAGGGGAAAAGGAGCAGUGGCCUUUCUGACACGGCAUCGGCCAUCAUUCCCAGCACAACUCACUCCCCCGCUGACAGCGAAGAUGAGUCAGUCGAGAAGGAAAAAAAGAAAUCGAAGUUCAAAACCCUGUUUUCCAAGCCUGGCCUGCAGAAAACCUCCCUCUCCCAGUCUAUGUCAGUCCUACCGACGCAGCAGCCCGUCACCGAGAGGGUUCGGCUUCGGCCCAGCGACUUCCACUCACAAUGGGACGAUGAGGAGUCUGAGACCUCUUCAACCUCAGAAAAAGCCUUUGGAAAUGCCCUGGAAGAGAAGUCCUCUCUUUCUCCUGUAUUUAAAUCUUGUAAAACAGCAACUUUGGACAGCAGGCAACUAAACCAAGUAACCACUAGCCACACCAAGAAAGAAGGGCUCUCUUUAUUCAGUGGCCUUAAAUCCAAAAACGAUCCUGUUUCCAAGUCUAGUCUGUGUAUCAAUGGCAGUCACGUUUAUAUGGAAGAGAGCACGACAAAGGACAACACUCCAGCCUCUUCCCCCUCUCCUCACAACUUCAGGAGGAAGCAGCUUUUUGCUUCAGAAGAGAACCUGUCUUCCAGAUCUGCUAAAGGACCUGAAGAGACGGGAAGAACAUCUCCUAGUCACGCUUUCUCUGGGUCUGCAUCCUUGGAGACUUUUAAAUCUAUGACUUUGCCAUCAUACAAAUUGCUUAGUAGUGAAGAAUACCCAGAAACCAGCAUUCCUCCAACUGUUGAGGUUAUUAAAGAGACCAAAAAAACGGACCACAAAAAGUCUGCCUUGCUCUCUCUGGUCACAGGGAAGAAGGACGCAGUGAAGACCGUCGAUGCUGAGAAUAUUCCCGACAGGACCCUGCAGAAUGAGGAAAACAAAGUUCCAGAAGAGAAGAGCGAACAAGAGGCCAAAGGUCUUGAACUUCCAGCAGAUUUAAGCAGAGGGAAUCCUUCAGAAGACAGUCACUGUGCAGAAGACGUCUUUGCAAAUAAGCAGCCGCUCAACCCUUUCGAGGAAGAGUGGAAACCCGAAAAAGCUGCUGCACCAGCGAAGACCAAAGCUGUCAAGCCCAGACUCCAUCCUGUGAAGCCAAUGAAUGCCACAGCAAACAAGACUCAAAGUAAAAACCUGAACGUCAUCAGCACUAUGAACGAAAAGCUGCUCGAGAUGAGCGUGAAGAAAUAUGAUCCUUCAGAUCCUGCCUAUGCUUAUGCUCAGCUAACACACGAUGAGCUGAUCCAGCUGGUCUUGAAACAGAAGGAUACCAUUACCAAGAAGGAUCUCCAGGUGCGUGAGCUUGAAGACUACAUCGAUAACUUGCUUGUCAGAGUCAUGGAAGAAACCCCAAACAUUCUUCGUGUUUCAACUUCUGGAAACAAAAAAGCUGGAAAGAUGUAA